AUGGCCAAAUACUCCAAUGUCCCAUCAAAUGCUUCGCUCGAAGUCUCCGAAUUCACCGUUCAAAUCCCCGAAUCUGACUUACAAGAUCUCAAAACCCAGCUCCGUGUUUCAAAACUCGGUCCCAAGACAUAUGAAAAUCUGCGUGCAGAUGCAAAAUUCGGAGUUAUUUAUCAGUGGAUGUCAGAUGCCAAAGCAUACUGGGAAAGCCGUUUUGAAUGGCGAUCUGUCGAGGCGCGAAUUAACAGCUUUCCCAAUUUUACAACGCAGCUUGUGGAUGAUGAUGGUAGUGUCUACAAGGUGCACUUCGCCUGCUUGUUUUCGGAAAGGCAGGAUGCGAUUCCAUUAAUGUGUGUGCACGGGUGGCCAGGUCACUUCCUUGAAUUUCUGGACAUUUUGUCGAUACUGAAAAAGAGAUAUUCUCCCAGAGAACUGCCCUACCACGUGGUUAUCCCAUCGCUUCCAGGAUAUGCAUUUUCUGAUACGCCACCGUUGGAAAGGGAUUGGAAGCUUGAAGAUUCUGCGCGUCUGCUGCAUAAACUCAUGGCAGGGCUGGGAUUCGGAUCUGGUUACGCUGUCCAAGGUGGCGACAUUGGCAGUUACACGACGCGGAUCAUGGCUAGUCUUUAUGACUCUUGUAAAGGUAUGGAAGUCAACUUCUGCGUCAUUCCCUGUCCUGACGUGGCUACACAUGGCCAUCUCGAUCUAGACGUCUUCGAAAAGGAGGGCUUGGAAAGAGGUGAUAAUUUCGCGAAAUUUGGUACUGGAUACGCGAUCGAACACUCAACGCGACCGGCCACGAUAGGCUUUGCUUUAUCUGCAAGUCCACUGGCCCUUCUAGCCUGGGUUGGAGAGAAAUUUCUGAAAUGGACCGACAAACCGCCUUCCCUGGAUCAGAUCUUGGAAUCUGUCACUUUAUACUGGCUGACAGAGACUUUUCCCCGCGCCGUCUAUCCAUAUCGCCAGGUACAAGGGCCCAAACGAUAUAUGGUUCACAGUGAUCCCAAAUAUUACUGCCACAAGCCGUUUGGGUACUCCUGGUUUCCCAAAGAAAUUGCUCCCGUCCCCAAAUCCUGGGCAGCAACGACGGGAAAUCUGGUGUGGUUCACAAGGCAUAGCGAGGGAGGACAUUUUGCUGCAAUGGAACAGCCAGAGGUUCUACUGACUGAUAUUGAGGAUUUUCUGUCUCAGGUUUGGUCGCAAAGCCAAGCUGUAAUGAGGCACUCAGAGAAUGUGUUUUCCAAUUUCGAACAAGCAGAGUCCGCCGGGAAAAUGGCCAAAAGACAUGAUACGGGAAAAUAA